UUACAUGGAGUAUCUUCUAGCGGAAUCACUGAGCGCUGAUUCUCUCCCUGUCAAAGCAAGUGACCUUUAUUUUGAGGUUUUCAACAAAUUUCUACUGGACCACAAGAGAAAGGAAAUUCCAUCUGAAAGCAGCACACUGGAUAAGCUUUCAGAGCUAGCAGCUGAAUUGCUUGUAAAGAAGAAGUUUCUUUUUGUUAAAGAAGACAUGACAAAGUUUGAUUUACGUGAAGUUGAAAGCCUGAGAGCAAGUGGCAUUCUUCAUUCUGGUCCUCCUUUCAGGAAAUCUGCCUUUGAAGAGACGAAACAUUUUUGUUUCACACACCUUACUCUACAGGAGUAUUUGGCGGCUCGUUGGUUUGUGGAGAGAGGAGAGAUUCCCUCCACACGAAAAGUGUCUUCAAUGGUUAUGCAGUUCAUGGCUGGUAUUUUAUCGAAGAAAAGAGACAAUAAAUUCAUGGAGAAAUUACUUGAAGUACUGCAAUCAGAUGAAAGCGGCUGUCGGGGCCUUCUCAACAGAGUAAAGUGUCUCGCUGAGUAUGAAGAAAAAGAUUUCGCAAAAAAUAUCAUAAAGAAACAUUCCUCUCAAUUCAAGUUUCGCAGAUUCCAUUCCUUAACUGAUGUGGACUGUAUUGCUGUUUCGUUUUUGUUAAGUGUGUUUGGUGAACUGAAUAAAGAAGACACUAAAAAACAUAGACCAUUUCCUGAGUUGAGCAUCUCAAAGUCAAAUCUAACACAGUCGGGAAUAAAACGAAUCUGUAAAUCUUUGGAAAAAGAGUUUCGUUCCGUCAAAACACUGUCGCUGAGUAAGUGUGGCUUAAAUGACGAAUGCGUCGAUUGCAUCAAAGAAUUAGUUUCAAGUAGAUUAACUGAACUAGCACUGGAGGAAAAUGAGAUCACUGAUGCCGGUGUAACCCGUUUGAGUGAAGCAUUACAGUCACCAGCUUGUAAAGUAACCACACUAAACCUGAGUGGUAAUCAGAUCACUGAUGAGGGUGUUACCAGUUUGAGUCGAGCACUACAGUCACCAGCUUGUAAAGUGGCCAGACUAAAGCUAGAUGGUAAUCAGAUCACUGAUGAGGGUGUUACCAGUUUGAGUCAAGCAUUACAGUCACCAGCCUGUAAAGUAACCACACUACGCCUGGAUGGUAAUCAGAUCACUGAUGCGGGUAUUGAAAGUUUGAGUGAAGCAUUACAGUCACCAACCUGUAGAGUAACCACACUAGGCCUGGUGCGCAUUCUGAUCACUGAUGCCAGUGUUAUUAGUUUGAGUCAAGCAUUACAGUCACCAGCCUGUAAAAUAACUUCACUAUACCUGGGUGAAAAUCAGAUCACUGAUGCCGGUGUUGCCAGUUUGAGUCAGGCAUUACAGUCAACAACCUGUCAAGUAACCACACUACACAUGGGUAAGAAUCAGAUCACCGAUACUGGUAGAGAAUAUCUUAGAAGUCUGAAGCACCAAAAACCAGAUCUUGAAUUAAAGUAUUAGAACAAUAGAGAGAAAUGAGAAAUCUUAAGGAAACGUUUUAAGCUGGAUAGACAAAGUUCACAAGUCAUUGCUGAUAUAGCUUUGGUGUUGAUUUUUUUGUAAACCUUACUUAAAAUCUGUUGUUAGAAUUCUUUAAGGCAAAAAAUAAUUACAAACAUUUUGAACCAUUAAAAUAAUAUUUAUUUAAUCAGUUAAUAAUGACUGAGUCUUACUGCAGAGAUUGUUGUAAUGUUGAGUUCUUAUGUUUUCCUUUGUGCCCGUAAGAAGUCGUAAUCUUUGUAAAUAAAGAGUUUGUUAAUAUCAAUGAUCGACUAAACUUCGUUUAAACUCUGUCUCGAGGUGGGGUGAUGAUAUUUUAAACUAAGUCUAGAAUUCGCUUUUGAAUAUUAGAUACUUGAGGGGUUGGGUAGAAAAUAUCAAAAAAUCCCUGUAAAUUUAUGAAACCAAAAUGACAAUGAUCAAACAUCGAGUAUUGCGGCAGUAAGGCGUUUUUC